GACCGAUCAGAUGCAGAGAGCGAGGUGACACCACUUUUGGGAUAAAGACACCGGGAAACAAUUUGGACCCCUCCCUUCUCCCUUUCUCUCACUCCCUCUUUCCAAAAUCUAGAAACCCCCCUUCCUCUUCUUUCCAGACAAAGACCCCCUCCCACUGUACCACAAUUACUACCUCUCCAUCCUUGCCUGCGCUUAUCAUUUUUCCCUGUUUUUCAAUCUGAGGGGAUAUUUUGAUACAGAUUUAUUUUUCUACAUUUUUUUUACAAUUCGGUUUCUUGAAUCGAUCCCGUGACGGCCGCCGGGAGGGGGCAGGGGAGCGGCGGGGUGGGCAGGCGCACCUCGGACGCCAGAGCAGUGAAGAAAGGGACACGGAGGCAAGAGAGACGCAACCGAAAAUCUACAGGGUCCAACCUGCGUUCCCUAAGCAUGGUGACUCAGAUAAUUAGCACCAUGGAGACCCAGGCCAGUAAUGGGCCAGGCAGUGCCGGGAUAUUGAACGGAACCAACGGAGCAGCUGAUGACAGCAAAACUAACCUGAUUGUUAACUACCUGCCACAGAACAUGACCCAGGAGGAAUUCAAGAGCCUGUUUGGCAGCAUUGGAGAUAUUGAGUCCUGCAAGUUGGUCAGAGACAAGAUUACAGCUUCCCAAUUGUCUUCCCCAGGUCAGAGUUUGGGAUACGGUUUUGUAAAUUAUGUGGACCCCAAUGAUGCGGACAAAGCCAUAAACACCCUGAAUGGACUGAAAUUACAGACAAAGACCAUCAAGGUAUCAUACGCCCGCCCCAGCUCAGCCUCUAUACGAGAUGCCAACCUGUACGUCAGCAGCCUCCCAAAAACCAUGAACCAGAAAGAGAUGGAACAGCUUUUCUCUCAAUACGGGAGAAUUAUCACAUCUCGUAUACUGGUGGAUCAAGUCACAGGUGUCUCCAGGGGUGUAGGUUUUAUACGGUUUGAUAAAAGGAUAGAAGCAGAAGAGGCUAUUAAGGGCCUGAAUGGACAGAAGCCUCUUGGUGCCAGUGAACCAAUUACAGUGAAAUUUGCCAACAAUCCCAGCCAGAAAACAGGACAGGCUCUGCUCACCCACCUGUACCAGACAACAGCCAGGAGGUACACAGGACCCCUGCACCAUCAGACACAGAGAUUCAGCACCCCUUCGGCCUCCUAUACAAGGCUGGACUCUUUAAUAAACAUGGCGUAUGGAGUUAAGAGUCCGCUCUCCUUCCUUCCCAGGUUCUCUCCUAUCACCAUUGACAGUGUUACCAACCUCGCCGGGGUCAGUCUGACGGGUCCCACCACUGCCGGCUGGUGCAUCUUUGUCUACAACCUGUCCCCAGAAGCUGACGAGAGUGUGCUGUGGCAGCUGUUUGGACCAUUUGGUGCCGUGACAAACGUCAAAGUUAUCCGGGACUUCACCACUAACAAGUGCAAAGGAUUCGGAUUCGUCACCAUGACUAACUACGACGAAGCCGCCAUGGCAAUUGCAAGCCUCAAUGGAUACAGGCUGGGAGAUCGGGUCCUGCAAGUGUCAUUCAAAACCAGUAAACAACACAAAGCAUGAAGAAGCAGUGGGAGUAAGAGUUAGGGUGGGAGAGUUGGAGAGAGAGAGGGAUAAAAUAGGCAGGGGAGAGAAUAAAGGUAUGGCUGAUGGAGAGGUUGGGAGGAGGUUUAGAAAUAGAGGUAGAAAGGACUGGACACAGAGAGAGGAGAGUAACAACACGAGUUUAGUACUAGGUUUGAACACAGAGUCUAGCAUAGGCCUCCUAACAGAGAUACUGUAUUAGUAAAUAUCCUAUUUGAUGGUAGUUUUGCACUUCCAUUGGAUGCACAGUGAGUUGAUAGUCUGGCACUUUAAAAUCUUAAAUCCAAGAUAUGUUACAUGAAUAAGACCAUGAAUCCUUUCUAAGUUGGCAACUUGAAUGCAGAGCCAGGUUUUUAUGAAUAGGUGACAAUAUUCAAUACUUAGACAGGUAGUAGAGAAUAACAGGACUGGUAUAGAGCAUUCAGUGCCUGUCACCUUGAGAGAUUGCAUAAAUGAUAGCAGCAAUAGACCCCGGAAUGUCUAGACAGAAUGCACAGUGCCUGGCACCUCUAUGGCUGGCACAUGGGGUACAGAGCUUGGUACCUCUAUGUACGUUAUAUAGGUAUGGCACGAUAGCUCCGUUAAAGUGGUCCUGCUCUCUCUUAGUAGCAGUGAACAGGUUAGGUUUCUUUUGGGAUUGAGAUCUCGAAACUUCAACCUCCUCACUCUUCUAACAUUUAACUCCUAUUCCCUCACUCUCCACCUUUGUACCCCAUCACUACUCUUAAAAGAAGAUAAUAAACGAAGAAAUGAGACGGGCGCAGAAAUGAAAGAGAGAAAAAAAAAAUAUCUAUUUUUAUAAAAAAGGAAAAAAAAUCCCGUGAGCAGUUUAAGCUUUCACACUUGUCCCAAAAGACAAUGACCCAUUAAGUGUAUAUGUAUAAAUACGCAUAUAUACAUAUAAACUCCAUUUUAGACAAAAUCAUAAAUUCAGGUCCCGAAAUAUAAAAAUUCUGAUUUGAUUUAAAAUGAUAAAAAAACAAACAAACACCUGUGACUGGUUUCCAGAAGGGACUGCUUAAAAUCCAUUAGGAAACAUUCUAGAAUUUCCUAUUUCCUCUUCAUUUAUUUGUUUACAAAAUGCGUAGUUUAAAAAAAGGAAAACCAAUGAAAUUCUUACUCAUUUUAAACUUGAGUUGAAUCCAGAGACUUGCGUUCCAUUUAUUAAGAUUAUUACUGAAUAUUAUGCCAUGUUUGGGGUAAUUAAUGGGUCAUAGAUAGCAAUUAUAGCUUCAGCCCCACUUAUCCAGGGGGAAAAAAAAUAACUAGUAAUAAAAAAAAACUUUUCCUUCACGAGAAUUCACAAUCGAUUCUUCCAUUUGAAAUAUAUAUAAAUAUAUAUAUAUUUUUGAGGGGCUUGUUUCGUAAAUCUUUAAAAUAAAAAAAUGUAAUUUUGAAACCCUGAAAUGUACAAAAAAAAAACCCUAAGUAAUAGACAAUGUAUAUAUCGGAAAUAAAAAUGAUAAUUUUACAAAAAGAUUCAGGCCAGCUCCAGGCACGGGGAAGUAAUUAUGUCGUUUUCAGGCAUAUAAAUAAGGUAUCUCAUAGCCAUGUAAUUUUGCUCAAAGGAUUUUCUGAAUAUGAAAUAUGGACUCUGAUUGGCGGAUUCCUGGACAUGUUUAAGGACUUUGACUAAAGGAUUCUGGGAGUAGAACAGUGACAGAAAAUGUGCACUUAUUGGUUGUUAAAAGGGUAGAUGUCAUGAACUGUCACUUAAAGGAUACUGGAAUUGUGAUUCUGCCUAUUUUUUGAGGGAACAUUACGUAAACAUUUUUGGGUAUUUAUAUAAAAAAAAAAUCCAGCUGGUAUUUUAAAUUACAUUAGCAGAAAGCCUUGAGCCGGCUCACCUAAACCAUAUAAUUUGUUUCAAACAGCAGGAAAUGACUAAACGCGGAAAAGUGGGACUGCAGCCUUAAUUCAAAAAGCAAAUAUUCAUAACAUUUAAUAUGAUUAGCUUUGCGUUCAUUUAUCGUAUAGCAGAAAAUAGAAAAAAAAAAUUAGGUUGUUUAUUAAUUAAGUUUGCGUCUGUUCUAUAAAUCGUUUUCUCGUUUAUUUUCGGUUCCCUCCCCCCAAAUAACUCUUUUUGAACGUGUGUUUUUCUUUAAUAUUAUUUAUAGAUUUUUUUUGUGUUUCUUUAAAAAAUAAAAAAAAAAUAAUAAAGUAGUUGGGGGAGGGGAGAGAGGAAAAUCUUUCUCCUACCUUAUAAUUUUAGUUAGAGCUUUGUGUUCUAGUUUAUGUGUGGUUACUCUGACUGUGUUUAGUAGAAAGUUGUAGGAUCUCUUGCAAAUUAUAAAUAAAAAAAAAAAAAAAAAGGAAUCGACAGAGGUUUAAAAAAAACACACAAAAAAAAUGAAGAAAAAAAAUAUUAUGAAAACCUGGCGAGAUCUUUUGAAUUGUUGUUUUUAACUUAUUUCGAAGUAUUUAUUCUUUAUUUGUGUGGGUAUAAAUAUGUGCUUAAUUUAUGUUUGUUCUGAGCCUAAGCAAACAAGGUUUCUUAUUUUUUUUAAGCCCUCCUCUACAGAGGAAAAAGGGUUUAAUCGGUCUUGAGGAUAAGGUGUUAAUUUAUUUAAUGAACGAAAAAAAAAAUGGGAUUGAAACAUUGUUUAAAAAAAUAUAAAAUGAAAAAAACAAUAAUGUGCAUUUUUUAUAAGCUGGUUUGAAAUCCAAGGAGCUGAGAGCACUGAAUAAUUCAAAAAAAAUUAUAAAAAAAAAAGAAAUAAAAAGAUAAUUAUUAAUAA